AUGGUCAUCUCCAAGACGAUACAACACGGCAGCAACCACGAAAAGCCCGCCGUUGUUACUGAUUCAGUAGGUUCGAAUGCAGAUGCAUCACCGAGUCAUGAAACAACCGAAUUUGUCUUGAGCAAAGAUGGCUUCAAGCUGUUUCCUCAGCCUAUUCUUGGCGACCAUCUCGACCCUUUAAACUGGUCAUUCGCCCAGAAACACAUCAUCUUGGCCAUCAUCAUGUCCAUCUACUUCAUGUUUACGUUUAUAACGACCACGACGGUGCCCUCCUUCCCGGAGCUCGAGGAAAACUACGCAGCCAGCCUGGAGCAGAUGAAUUGGACGGUUGCCAUUCCUGCUCUCGGCCUCGCUGUCGGGCCUCUGCUGUGGGCUUCCCCGGCAGACAUCAUCGGACGUCGUCCCAUCAUCAUCUUGGGCACGGCCAUGGCCCUGGCUGCUACAGUAGGCGCUGCGCUUGCCCCAAACUACUCGGGCUACAUGGCGGCGCGUUUCUUCCAGGGACUCGGCGUCAGUCCUGCCUCCAACGUCGGCCUGGCCGUUAUAAACGAUUUAUUUUUCGAGCAUGAGCGCGGCCAAAAGGUGGGACUCUGGGUCUUGGCCAUCGAUUUGGGUCUCUUGUUCGGCCCUCUUAUAGGCGGAGCGGUAGAUCUCGCCGGCUACGUUUGGAUUCAGUGGUUGUCUGCCAUACUAUUUGGCGUGAUGCUGCUUGCCGAGUUGCUUCUACUGCCCGAGACCUUGUACCCGCGGCACCUCAUGUUAUCUGAGCAACACCGUAGACGGCACCCAUGUACCGAUGCCGACAAGGCCGCACCCAGUUACCACGAUGCUGAGCGCUUCAAGAUACCAAGAACGAAGAAAUUGGCAUUUAUGAAUGUUGCUCCGGUUCCGGGUGUCCGGCAUCCGAAACCAUUCGACACUAUUUGUAGGUUUAUCAAGACUUUUAAGUAUGCUGUAGUUCCUAUUUCCAUCAUGACAUACUGCUUUGGCUGGUACUGGUGGGUGUUGUCGGUGGUCACACUUGUUCCCACCGCAUAUGCGAAACAUUCUCCGCAAAUUCAGGGCGUCCUCUAUCUGGGACUCAUCAUUGGUACUCUAGUCUCUGAAGUCUGUUGCUCUGGCAGCCUGAGCGACUGCAUCGUUCUUCACUUAAGCAAGCGCAACCACCACCAAAAGACUCCGGAAAUGCGCAUCUGGCUCGCCUAUCCCGCUGCUGCUCUUACGGCAGUGGGAUUGAUUGUGUGGGGAGUCAGUGUGGACCGCGGUUACCACUGGAUAGUCGGUCAAGUUGCUUUUGCCAUCUUGGAUGCCUAUCCUAUGCAAAGCAUGGCUAUGAUGACUUUCUAUGCUGUCAUGCUCAAUUUAUCUGCAUUUAUUGACCCAUUUUUCGUCGUUCCGUGGGUCGAAAAUGUGGGUUUUACUUGGACUAUGGCAGGUCAUGCCAUUAUCACUGUUUUCUUUUGUAUCCCUGUUCUCGCAUUGCUUCACAGAUUCGGAAGAAGCUUGCGUGACAAAUCGGGUCAGCCGACAUGGGUGAAUCCUGAGUUUGAGCGAUGUGAAGGUGAUGGUGCAAGUUGGUGUUAG